GUUCCCCAGCUGGAGAAGAUGGUUCUCGAGGGACUUUUCUGGAGUGGCACACCUUUACUAGAAUCAGUAGGAGAGAAUGAACCCGAGGUGGUUCGACUAAGAGAAACAGUUCGUCAAGCCAUAAGGUCAUCUCUCAAACCUAUUCGAGCUUAUGCGAAACAAUAUGAGAAAUAUCUUGAUCUGUUUAACUUGGACGUGAAUGAAUAUCUACAACAAUACGACUCACAAGAACAUACAGCUGCAGAAGUGAAACAAGAGAUAGAACGUCAUUUAAAAGAUAAAGAGGUGCUAGAAAACACCUUGCCUUCCAGCAUAGUCAUUGGUUCAUACUGGGUCAUGACUGAAGGAAUCAAGAAAGAAUUGGCUAAGAAACGAAAGACACUUGCUAAUGCUGUUAUUGAACUCCUGGCCAAGAAACUGAGGAAACAAGCUGAUGAGGUCUGUGAAGAAUUCAAGUUUAUUGCACGUCGUCUUUACGACAAGCCAAACAGCAUUGAGGAAUUAGCAGAACAAAGAGAGUACAUGAAGACUAUCCCUGACCUGUUGAAAAAGAACCAAGAGCUGAUUGACAAGGCUAUGGUAGACUAUGAGCUGAUCGAGGAGUUCAACUACAGCAUCUCAGCUGAAGACUUCUCUGCUAAAUGGACGUGCAUCAGCUGGCCAUACAAGAUUCAACAACAAAUGGAAGCAACUGAGCAAACCCUCGAAGCAGACGAAGAACGCUUCCAGAAGAACCUUCUUGCUGAUCAGAAUAACUUCCAGGAUCGUCUUGAUUCCUUGAACAUGGCCGUGGCAGGAUUCGCCGCACACACAGAUAUCACUAAAGCACAUGAGAUAGGCAAUGAGGUACGACGUCUGGUCAAACAGAUGAAGGAAUGCCAGACGUUAGCACAUACGUAUAACAACAGAGAAAGACUCUUUAACCUGCCUGUUACUUCGUACGAGAAACUAAAUCGCUUGAUCAAAGAUUUUGAGCCGUUUAAGAACAUGUGGCUGACAGCUUCAGACUGGCAGAAAUGGCAUGACAGCUGGAUGAACGACCCACUAACGACCAUAGACCCCGAACAGCUUGAACAGAAUGUUAGCAACGCAUUCAAGACAAUCUUCAAGUGUUACAAACACUUUAAAGAGAUCCCAGCUUGUCAGGAGGUUGCAUAUGAAGUCAAGGAAAAGAUCGAAGCAUUCAAGCCUUAUAUACCAUUGAUACAAGGUCUGAGGAACCCAGGAAUGAGAAGUCGACAUUGGGAACAGCUUUCAAAAGACCUUGGAUUUCCUGUGGUGUGUAACGCCCAGCUGACCUUCACCAAAUGUCUAGACAUGGGCCUGCAGAACCAUAUUGAUGUCAUUGCUAAAAUAGCUGAAGUUGCUGGGAAGGAAUACUCCAUCGAACAGGCACUGGAUAAGAUGGAGGGUGAGUGGAAGCCAGUUGUACUGGAGAUUGUCCCAUAUAAAGACACAGGUACCUUCAUUAUGAAGGUUGGUGAAGAAUGCUCACAGCUGCUGGACGAUCACAUCGUCAUGACACAGAGCAUGUCCUUCUCUCCAUACAAGAAGCCUUUUGAAGAACGUAUAUCUACUUGGGAAAGCAAACUGGUUAUGACCCAGGACGUGAUGGACGAGUGGUUACAGUGUCAACGCAACUGGCUGUACUUGGAACCAAUCUUCAGCUCAGAAGACAUCAAUAGACAACUACCAGUGGAGAGUAAGAGAUAUCAAACCAUGGAGAGAAUCUGGAGAAAAGUCAUGAACGCCGCUAAAAGUAACCCACAGGUUAUUGCUCUGUGCCCGGAUCCUACCAUACUGGAGAGUCUGCGUGAAUGUAACAAACUGCUUGAACAGGUUCAAAAGGGUCUCAGCGAGUACCUGGAGACAAAAAGAUCAGCCUUCCCUCGGUUCUACUUCUUGUCCGACGAUGAGCUACUGGAAAUUCUAUCACAGACCAAAGAUCCUACAGCUGUACAACCGCAUCUACGAAAGUGCUUUGAGAACAUCGCUAGGCUGACCUUUGAAGAGGAUCUUCGUAUCUCGGCCAUGUUCUCCGGUGAAGGUGAGAGUGUCAACUUCUCUACUGAUCUUUUCCCAACUGGCAACGUAGAGGACUGGUUGCUGGAGGUGGAAAAUACCAUGAGGUGUAGUUUAAGGGAUAUCUUACGUGAAGCUUUGCGUGUAUACCCAGAG